UGCCACAGUGCCUCACUGACUAUCAUGAACCUGCCGCAGUUUGUAUCCAAUGAGCUUCUGGAGGAGGCCUUUUCAACGGUUGGCCAAGUAGAAAGGGCUCUGGUUAUUGUGGACAACAGGGAGUGUGAGCAACCUCCCCAUUUUGCACAGCCAGGUUCCUUUGAGUACGACUUUGCAAUGCAUUGGAAGGCCCAGACUGAGAUGGAAAAGCAGCAGCAGGAACAAAUAGACUGGAACUUCAAAAAGGCCCGAGAGAAGCUGGAAAUGGAAACGGAGGCAGCUCGUUAUGAGCACCAGGUCAUGCUCAUGAGGCAAGACUUAAUGAGGUGCCAGGAAGACCUGAGAAGAAUGGAGGAGCUGCACAACCAGGAGGUGCAGAGGCUUAAACAGCUGGCACGCAGGCGACAGGAAGAGAUGAGGAGGCGACAGGAAGAGAUGAGGAGGCGACAGGAAGACAUGAGGAGACGACAAGAGAGAUUCAUGGGGGCCUUCUUUGAUGGUGUAGGGGACCUACUAUUGCCAGGGGUGGGGGUCAAUUAA